GAGAGAGAGAGAGAGAGAGAGAGAGAGAGCGAGAAAUAAAAUUAAAUAAAGAGAAGAGUCUAAAGAGGGGUUAUUAGGUGAAACCCUCUCACCUCGCCUCGUUCUUUUGUCGUCGUCGUCGUCGUCGUCGUAGAUCUCGCGAGAGGAGUGAGGAGGUCGAGCAUGGCGAAUGGGGCGGUGAUCCUGCGGAGAUCGGCGGCGGCGGUGGUGGAGCGCGCGGCGGCGGGAGCGCGGUCGACCGCGGCGCCCCCGGACGCGGAGGCCGCGGCGGUGCGCGCGGUGCGCAACGUCGGGUCGUUCCGGGUGCACUACGCGGCGCUCCUCUGGGGCCUCCUCCUCGCGUCCCUCGCGCCGCGCCACCGCGCCUCCAUGCUCUUCCUCAUGGCCGCGUCCAAGCUCGUCCUCGCCUACGGGGUCCUCCUCCGCGUCUUCCCCAACUCGGCACUCCUCCGCCGCGUCCUCGACCGCAGGCUCGUCCUCGGCCUCUUCCUCCUCGCCGUCCUCCUCGAGCUCGCCGCCACCGACGCCCUCGGCUGCCUCUUCGCCGCCAUGGCCCUGGGGCUCCCCAUCGUCCUCCUCCACGCCGUCUUCAGGGUCAGGGACGACCUCUUGCUCGCCGAGGAGGGCUCCGCCGCCGCCGCGGCGAACGGCGGAGACACGCCGGAGAAGAAGGAGGAGGGGGAUCUCGAAUCGGGGCCCUCGCGGUGACGACGAUCGCGCGAUCCCCACCGUUGCAUACUAGGAUAAAAAGAGAAAUACGUUAACCAGGAUUUACUUGGGAGGGAAAAGAGGACCUAAAUUGAGAACUAGAAAGGGGCGAUAGGGCAUUAGCAUGAUAAGGUUCUUCUGAGUUUGCUUCAUCAAAUUGAUUUGUGUACGGUUUCUAAUUGUUCAUGUGGAGAUUGAAAUAGUAGGAAAUGGGAGUUCCCUGCUCCUGAUUCAGUUAUGCAAUGUAGCAACUUUGUGGGAUUUAUUUAUUUAUUUAUUUUUGGUUAAUAUGCAAAAAGAAUUUGCAAGUGUAAUGUGAAUGGUUGUCAAAGUGGAAAACAGGAAAAGCUUAUAGCUGUGUGCGAUUUGAUCUUGGUUUUAA